UACUAAUACACGUGGUCUAAACCACGCCCAAUUAUAGUUUGUUUAAUUUUCUCUGUUAAUCAGAGUAUGAUUUGUCAUCCUUGUCUUCAGCCUUACUUACUUGAUUCUAUAUAGUCUGAAUAAAUGUGUACGUGUGAAAAGAAUGUAUACGUGUCGCGUAGUACCCAGUCUUGUUGCGUAUUUACAGAGGGGGUGAGGAAUAAUAUAAGGGCCACAGAAACGUUUAGUACUUAUAGAAAUGUCUGGAAGAGAGAAUAGUUGUGCGGAAAUGGCGUCUAACAGAAAGUGUGUCAUUUGCGAAAUUAGUGAAGCAACUGAAUUAAUACCGUUAUUAAACGCGGAUAAACUAAAGAAGUGCCAUGAAGUUUUUCGAGUUCGUGAAAAAUUAAAAUUAAAGUAUAGUGAGGUUAUUUUGCCGGUGACAAUAAAUGAAACGCAUGGGUGUCACGUUCAGUGCUAUAAAAAUUUUACGUCUCUACCGAAAAAAUACUCCAAUAAAUAUUUGGAAUUGGUAAGAACGGAAACAGCCUCAAACAAACCAUCCACAUCAAUUUUAGCAGCUUCUGCUACAGUUGUUAUGGAAACUGGUGAUGAGAAAGAAGAAGCCAAUGUUCAAGGUAAUGUUGAUUUAUUAACAUCCACGCGACAGGAGGUUACGAAUGACGAGGUAGAAAAUAUUGAAAAUAAUGAUGACGUUGAAGCACUACCGGCAGAAAAAAUUAAUAAAGCAAGUGCAGAAAAAAUCCAUUCAGGUUGUAUUUAUUGUAAAAAAAUAAAGAAGACAGUCAAGAGUCAUUGUGUGGGAUUACGUACCUACAGUCGUAAGACAAUUGAAAAUAAUAUUAUACCUAGAGCAUCCACCUUAAAUGCUGUGAGGCUGUUACAAAUACUAAAAGAUCCAGUUUAUAAUAGCAAUCAAUUUCAAUACCACAGAGACUGCCAUCGCGAUUAUGAAAUACAGGUCCAAUCAAUUCUUAAUCCACGUCCACCUUCUGCUUGGCAAGACACACGCGAUACUCAUCGUGAAACCUUUCAGGAAAUUUGUUAUUUUAUUGAAAACCAUGUCAUCAAAAACAAGCAAUGUGUUCUAUUCUCAUUCAUCAUAAGACUGUACAAUGAAACGUUGGGACGAUUAUUUAAAGCCAAAAUGGCAGAGUCGUGGAAUCCAGCAACGGCGUAUGCAGUUGAAACUAAAAUACUUGAAAAAUACAAUGAACAAAUACAAAUUACAACAGCAUUCAAGAAAAAAGUUAUUACACCAGCACGUGAUUUCAUAUUAACAGAAGAAGAUAUGGAGUUUUUAAGAGAGGAAGAUAUUUUACAAAAGGCAGCAAUCAUCUUGAGAAAUAACAUAUUAAACAUUGAAAAAAAAACAUUGCCAACUAAAUUAAAUGUGCAAGAUGUCAUCGCUGGAGAAUGCUCCAUUCCUCCGGAGUUAAAUAAUUUUGUUUUAACAAUGAUCGGGGGAACUCGUUCUCGUCGGCGAAAAAAUAAGGAUUGCCAGAGAAAAGUUCAAUCGAUUGGCUAUGAUAUAAUAAAUGCAGUAUCUACCGGUAGAAUCAAAACUUCAAAACAUUUAACUCUUGGCAUGGCCAUGAAGUCUUUGACUAGUAGCAGAAAAGUUGUUGACAUUUUAAAUAAAUACGGUCAUUGCUCUAGCUACAACGUCAUUGAAGAGAUAGAGACAGAAUUAACGUUCUCUUCAACCGAUCGGGAAGAUUUAUGCCCGUCGGAUAUUAUUAAAACUGGAGACUGGCUUGCAGGCGUUGCAUUCGACAAUUAUGAUCGAUUUGUCGACACCCACACUGGAAAAGAUACACUACAUGAUACUGUCGGCAUAAUUUAUCAGACUAUCCCUUCAUUAGCUACCGAUCACGACAUUUCUGACGAUGACUCCAUUCCCGGUACAUCUGCAGGAACCUCAGCUGCCACUGCUUCUGAAUCUCCACUGUCGUUAACUGAGACCGCUAAUAAGAAAAGAAGAAGAAUGUAUGACACCGUAAUUCUUGAUUUACAGCCAUAUAAUAAAAAACCAAAAGUGGUUGAAGUGUUAUCAUCAGCUGAAGAUGAGUGCCAUCACUUAAUUCCGGAGAAGCUAAAUCAUAUACGAUCUCUUGAUAUAAUUUGGAUGUUAUCUCACAGCCUCGGAAUUCCAAAAACACCAAUGUGGGUUGGCUAUAAUAGUAAAUUAUUUAACGAUACCAGCUCCACACAAAAAAUUUCAUAUUUAACCCCAAUUAAUCUAUCUCCAACUAAAUGGGAAGUCGUAUAUGAAACAUUAUUGCAAUGUCAGAAGAUGACAAAGGAAUUAAACCAGCAAUACAUGGAAGUCACAUAUGAUUUAGCGAUUGCUAAGAUGGCAAUGCGCAUUCAAUCUGCAGAGAAGGACACAUUCAACAACAUAUUUAUACAUCUCGGCAGUUUCCAUAUAAUGAUGGCCUAUUUUCACACUGUUGGCAAGUUUAUUGAUGAAUGUGGCCUUGCUGAUGUUAUGGUUGAGAGCCAAAUACUAGCGAGUGGAUCGGUGGGUGGAUUUAUAUCCGGCAAGCAUUUCAAUCGUUGCAAACGGUUGCAUCCGUUAAUGGCUUUAGGAUUUCGUAUUCUACUUUUUAAGUCGUUUCUUGUUCAUUACGAUCGCACCUGUGAUGAGACACUAAUAGCUGAACUUGCUUCUAUUCAGGAACAGUACCUCUCUGAGACCACGUCCAUUAGUGCAAAUCUAAGAAAUCUGAUAGGAAAAUUUCAAGAGUACGAAGAAGACACGCGAAAUGGAGUAUUCGGCAAGACAGCUCAAUUUUACGCUACAUACAUUCAUCUUAUCGAUCACUACUUAGACUUGAAUCGAAGCAUUAGGACAGGAGACUUUGAAUUUUUUAAAUACACUUUGCCCAAAAUUGCCAAUCUCUUUUUCACGUUUAAUCAACAAAAUUACUCACGCUGGUUAGUUAAAUAUAACGACAAUUUAUUGAAGGUCAGCAAAACUCAUCCAGGACUGGAAGAAUCUCUUCGAAAAGGAAGUUUCGGUGUCAAACGCACCAAUAAGCCAUUUUCGAGGCAGCCUAUAGACCUCACACUAAAGCAAACCAUUAACGCAGAUGCUGCAAGACGUUUAACAGGUGUUUCUCAUUUCACCAAUUCAAUCACGGCUCGCCAACGCUGGUCCAAGAGUCAUGGAAUUCGUUCAACUCUCAUUUCGCAUGUAUAUGAGCAGGCCGGAUUACGUACCACACAGGAUAUAUCAGGGGAAUUGGAAACAAGCAAAUUGAAAAUCAGUCAUUCUCAACUACAAAUUUUCAUGGAAAAAAUAAAACAGAAAAUGAAUCCAUUUGAUCCAGAUAUUGAUAGAGAACAGCUGUACAAUAUACACACAGGAAAGGCAGCGUCACUGGAAAUAACACAAUUCUUGAUCGAUGUUGAAAGCAAAGGUGAGUCGUUACGAAAAGCUUUUAUAUCGAAAUGUGCUUUAGAUCCCACGAAAUUCGAGACACCUAUUAAACAAAAUCUUGUGCAAAAUUUUGCAUCUGGUGGAAAGAAGAAGAAAGUUGCGAUGGGUGCUAAAGUCCAGGAAGUACGAAUGCAGCGUGAUUUAUUCGGGCGACUAUUAGCUCUCUCAUUGAAGAAAAAAAUUGAUCUGGCGAAAGUACUGACUUAUCCUUUGACUCCAAUGCCUAUGUCAUUGUGUCACGUUGAUGGCACUAUAUGCAAGACAGAUAAAUCGACGUUGAUGAAAACUUUAACGAAUGAAGUGGACGAUAAUUCAGAACCUCAAUACGUCGAUGUCAUCAUUUUCGAUGGAUUUUUCAUGUUGCAUUUGAUAAAAGACCUUCCCACAACCUUUGGAAAUGUUGCGCGAAAAGUGUUGCAAAUAUUAACAAAAAAUAAUGCCCGAAGAAUAGACGUAGUGUUUGAUCGAUAUUUCAAUCCAUCAAUCAAAGACUGCGAACGUGAAUUGCGUGGAGCCAGUUUGUCUAAUUAUGCAAUCACAGGACCGCAGCAAGUACGACCAAGUGACUUCGCUAAGGAGCUUAGGAGCAAUAAUUUUAAAGAAGCACUAGUAGAAUUUUUGAUUAAUUAUUGGACGGAUGAUGCGUUUAUUCCUUUUUUAAAAGACAAAACAUUGAAUGUAAAUUUCGAUGAAUGCUAUACUUUUCAAGUUGUCAAUAACACAAUCAUACGUUUCAUCGACAGGGAUUUAUCAUGCACAUUACACGAAGAAGCCGAUACGAAAAUAAUUCACCAUGUAACAAAAAUUGAAUUUGAUUCUAAUGUAGUGAUCCGCAGCUCAGACACGGAUGUUCUUAUAAUAUUGCUGGGCAACAUGAAUAAAGUCAAUGAAGCGUUGAAAAUAUGGAUGCAUAUCGGGGUUGGAAACUCACAAAAUUAUAUCAAUGUUACUCAAUUGUAUGGCAACUUAGGAGUACGUAUAUGCCGAGCUCUACCAGGUCUGCAUGCGUUCACAGGGUGUGAUUACAACCCUGCCUUUUAUGGCAAAGGAAAAAUCAAGCCCUGGAAAAUUUUGAAAAAGUCUCCUAAAGUUCAGAAAGCCUUUGAAGAUUUAGGAGAAAAUGACAUUGAUCCUGCGUCAUACGAAGUCAUAGAAGAAUUCGUUUGCAAUAUUUACAACAUUAAAGGUAUACAGAAAGUCAACGAGGCACGUCUGGCAAUGUUCGAGACCAUUUAUAAACAAGAUGAGGCCAAAUUAUUCAAAAGAAAAAUUCGAAAUACCGAUGCUUCAAAUUUUCCAUUAAGCGCCGACGAAUUACACCAACAUUUGCUGCGCACAACCUACAUUACCCAAUUAUGGCUGAAUGCGGACCAAAAAAAUCCAACCAUCAAACGUCCCGAAGAACAUGGUUGGUUUAUCAAAGACGAUGGAAAUUACGAUUUUAUUUGGUUCAAAGGUGAACAGUUACCGUCAGCGAUUGAUGACAUUACAGUUGAUAAUAAACGACAAAAAUCAAAUGAUUCAGAGUCAGAAAAUCAGUCUGAUGAGGAAGAUCAUUGGGACAUCAAUAUCGAAGAGGACGAAUUUGAUGAUGAGUUUCACGUUUCCGAUACCAACAGCGAUGAUGAAUCAAAUCAUUAA